CGGAGGCACGAGUAGGGCGGUGCGGGGCAGAGGUGUUCUCCAGAUGUGAAUCUAUAAACGCAAACCUGCCGGAACUGAAUCCCUUUACUGUCCACACAACAACUAUGCAGACAGGUGUGUUCAUGGAGUCUUACCUGAGCAGGCUGGUCCCAGGGGCCCUGUCCCUGUUCCUGCUCAUACAUGUGUCCCUGGCUGCACCAGGUCAACCUGGGACACAAAGAGAGGAAUCAGCAGAUGUGCGACCCCCUUUUGUAGCAUUAGCCAACCCCUUUGGCUCUGGCGAGGAAGACCGAAGGUUACUGCGGAGCUACAUUCAGUCCACUCUGAAAGAUGGUGAAGGAGGACCAGAGAUCAGCACUUGGGAGCAAGAGGUAUUCUUCCUCUUUCGUCUUUAUGACUAUGAUCGCAGCGGGCUUUUGGAUGGUUUGGAGAUGAUGAAACUGCUGUCUGACUACCACUCUCAUCAUAACCCUGGAACGCAAGCCAAUGAGUUGGUGGUGUCCAUGGUGGAUUUCUUACUCCAAACUCAGGAUUUAAACCAGGAUGGACUUUUGGCCCCAUCAGAGCUGCUCUCUCCACCAUUACCUCACACACAGUGUAACAUCAUCUACCGUAGGUUGUAA